GUUUUAUACUCAAAAAUAAGUAGAUAGACUCCAUAAAAUAAGUUGUAAACUCAUAAAUAAGCCGAACCUGUCACGGUAUUGCUACACCUAAGGAGAGAGAAAGGAAGGACGCAGUGUUGAGCAGAGAGAAAAUCCAUGGCAUCAAUUGUCAGAAAUGUUUUCAAAUCCAUCAAGGAGAAAGGAUUGGCCAAUUUCGUUCGUGAGCUCAGGGAAGAAGGUUAUUUGAGAUGUCUUCCCGACGGCAACCUCCUGCAAACUAAAAUCCACAAUAUUGGGGCAAAGGUUGUCGGUGUUGAUCAGUUUGGGAAUAAAUACUAUGAGAAGCUAGAUGUUCAGUUUGGAAGACACAGGUGGGUAGAAUAUGCAAGUAAAAAUCGCUAUAAUGCUUCUCAGGUACCGCCAGAAUGGCACGGUUGGCUUCACUAUAUGACUGAUCGCACCGGCGAUGAGCUUCUUAUGUUGAAGCCGAGCAGGUAUGGAAUUGAUCACAAAGAAAACUUUUCCGGAGAGGGUGAUGAGUAUAUAUACCACUCGAAAGGCCACGCUCUUAAUCCCGGGCAAAGGGACUGGACCAGGUACCAACCAUGGCAACCUGGGCAGAGCUAAAUUGUAUUGUAUUGCUUUACUCUUUUGCUUGGCAGAAUUUUUGCUAUCCAAGCGCCUCCUAGGAUGAAUAAUGUCCUUUCAUGCCAAGUGUUUUUCUGGUUUAACAAGUGGUUGUUGGAAUUAUGAGCAUAAAUUAGGCAAUUUGUGCCACAAACUAUUGUACUGUUGUCAUUUAUAUGUUUUGUAUAAUGAAAUUUAUGGUACUAUAUUGUUUCAAA